GGGCCAUCCCCAAACCCACCAUCAGGGCUGAGCCAGGCCCUAUGAUCCCCUUGGGGAGUUCCGUGACCAUCUGGUGUCAGGGGACCCCAAAGGUUGAGGUGUACCGUCUGUAUAAAGAGGGAAACGCAGCAUCGUGGUACCAACAGAAGACACUGGAUCCCGGGGACAGAGCCAAGUUCUCCAUCACACACAUGACAAAGCCUGACGCAGGGAGAUAUCGCUGUUCCUUUCGCAGUCCCAGUGGCUGGUCAGGGCGCAGUGACCCCCUGGAGCUGGUGGUGACAGGAUCCUCUAGGAAACCAAACCUCUCAGCCCUGCCCAGCCCUGUCGUGACCACAGGAGGGAAAGUGACCCUCCAGUGUGGCUCGUGGGAAGGAUUUGACAGGUUCAUUCUGACUAAGGAAGGGGAUCACAAGCUCUCCUGGACCCUGGACUCACAGCCACAGCCCAGUGGGUGGUCCCAGGCCCUGUUCCCUGUGGGCCCUGUGACCCGCACACAGAGGUGGAGGUUCAGAUGCUAUGGCUGCUACAGGAACAGAUUGAACCUGUGUUCACUCCCCAGUGAUGCUCUGGAGCUCCUGGUUCCAGGUUUGUCUGAGAAGCCCUCCCUUCUGAGCCCUCAGGGCCCCAUCGUGGUCUCUGGACAGAGCCUGACCCUCCAGUGUCGCUCUGAUGUCGGCUAUGACAGAUUCGCUCUGCACAAGGAGGAGGGAUGCUACGGUGGAUACAACCUCUCCUCUGAGUGGUCGGCCCCCAGUGACCCCCUGGACAUCUUGGUGGCAGGUCCCCUGAACAUCCUGAUCGGGGUCUCGGUGGCCUUGGUCUUGCUGCUCUCCAUCCUCCUGUUCCUCCUCCUCAGAAACCGAUGUCAGAACAAAGACAGGACAUCACACCUCCAGGUUUUCCCCAACCCCAACCACGUUUCAUCCCCCUUUCUCCCCCUGCUCCAGGCUGCUGUACGUGAUACCCCCCAGUAUGUGACCUACGCCCAGUUGAACCUCCUGACCCUCAAUCAGAAGACAACUGCACCCCAUUUCUCCCCAUCUGAUGAGCCCCCAGAUGAGCACAUUGUGUAUGCUUCUCUGUCUGUCCACUAG